AUGGGCUGUUUAGCCGCUUUGAUAUCAGUUGUACAUACAUUGACAAAAAUGGACUCUCAUUUUAAUACAAUGCAGUCGUCAUUGUAUAAUGUAACUGCUACCACAAUUGAUCUAGCUAAUCGUUUCGAUCCAAGUGAAAAUCUAGAAAAGACGACUCUAGAUUUAGUUGUCAAAAUGAAGAAUAUUCAAGAUGUUACCGACGAACAGAUAUAUUAUAAUGUUGAUAAAGAAAUUCAACGUAAAUUCGAACGUUUAACACAGUCUAUGUACUGUAUUUCUCUUAAUGAUCUCAAUUUUGAUUUCUUAGGUAUGCAUGAGCAGAAUGCAUUGAUUGAAUUAGUAUAUGACCAACUUAAAAAUUCUGUACGUAAUACCGAAGAAUCAAAAGCUACGUUUAUUACGAGAAUGCUUUUUGCCCAGACAGUUCGACUUCCACCUACAAACGAUACAUUUUCUCCAAGUAAAGCUGAUAAAUUUGUUCCAAAACGCAUGGGCAAUCUUGUUUUUAUAAGCGUCUGUUGCUAA